GCUUCGUCCCAGCUCCUACUGUCGCACUAUGACCUCCACUACAGCCUGGAUUCAUCUUUUACGUGUCAUGAAAGAUUUUCCUCAUCGAAGGGCGCAGCACAUUCCUGAACGUUGUCUCAUUGUCUCGUGAUACAGGUCUCUGACGUUCGUCUAAAAUCUAGACUACCAGCUUUGUUCAAGACAACCAGCACAGCUACACAAGAGUGAAUUAGGUGUGGCGUUACUAGCGUAGUCAUCUGGAAACCGAACAUUUUGACUGACUAACUGAAAACUUGGCAACAGGUUUACUACAGGUCACAGGCAAGAAGACACAAAAUGUUUCUCCGUGUAGCACCGUGGCUAUUGUUGAUGAUUUUAUAUAACAAGUCAGAGGCGGCGAAUGAGGCAGAGCUGAUACAGAAGUUACUCAAGGACUACAUGAAGGAAACAAGACCUGUAAAAAACCCGUCCACAAUACUGCACGUCAACAUUGACGUUCUCCUUGCACAGAUCAUAGAAGUGAAUUCCAGGGAGCAGAUCAUGACGUCAAACUUAUGGAUACGUUACAACUGGGUGGACGAGUAUUUGACCUGGAACGUCACAGAAAAUGGCGGCAUCGAGAGCAUCCAUACGAACAGUGAGAAUAUAUGGCGACCUGACAUACUAGUCUACAACAGGAUUCAGGACGAAGGGUGGUCCUCUACCCCUGAUACGAACGCGGAGGUUUUUCACGACGGAACGGUUCGCUGGUACCACCCGGUCACCUUACGGUCCACAUGUCUGCUGGAUGUCUCCCGCUUCCCGUAUGACAUUCAGCAAUGCCCUCUAAAAUUAGGUUCGUGGACGUACACCAAUGACAUGGUGGAGAUAGCAAGGCCAAAUAAUGCUAGCAACGCUAGAGAAGAAUACAUCGAGAACGGGGAAUGGUCCUUACUUUCCGUUAACGUCGAGAGAGCUGUCGUGAAUGGAUCUACAGGCCCCUAUACAACUCUGACCUGGACCAUUCAGAUCGGUAGGAGGGCCAUGUACUACAACUACUACGUGGUGGCAACGAGCUUCAUCCUGGUGGUCCUCGGGCUGCUGACGUUCUGUGUGCCGGCGGACUCCGGGGAGAAGCUGUCCCUCAGUAUCGUCAUGCUGCUGUCACUGGUGGUCUUCAUGGAACUGGUCACUACAAAACUGCCUGCAACUUCCACAAACAUUCCCCUUAUUGGACAAUUCUUUGGGGCUAUGAUCGUCCUAGUCGCCAUGUCAGCCGCCAUGACCAUCUUCAUCCUCGGCAUCCACUACCGUGGACCCAAAAUCAGCCCUGUGCCGAACUGGCUGCGGAAGCUCUGCCGACUGGAGAACAAGUCUAAGGACAAGCCGUGGGUCCUCGUCAUUCUGCAGAACCCAGCGAAUGGGCCCAAAUGGUCAACCCUGCCGACCGCCACAGACAAGGAGAUAGCAACUCUCCACUCCGACAAAGAGAAGCUGGAGGGGAUCGCGGACAACAUGGACUACUUCAUGGCCAAACGCGAGAAGAAGGAUAAGAAGAGAGAGAUUGAGGAUGAGUGGCAGCAACUGGCUAUCGUCUUGGACAGAAUUCUCCUUAUCGUGUUCUUCAUUAUCUUGAUCAUAAUGUCAUCAGUACUUCUGUUAUGGAUCCAUAAUAUGCGCAACAUAACUCGUCACUUCUGGGUGUGUUGUCGUUGUUUAAUCCCACGGGUAUCAUCAUACUCAACAAUCCGCUUCAGCUGGGGCUGUUGUGUCCGUUUUAUGGUCUAUAAGAUAGGUGGUGCGAUACCGGAACACGUCCUGGUUACCAAGCUUCUGGAGAACUACUCUACCGACGCACGACCAGUCCAGAACCCGCUGGACAACAUCGUCGUUGAGUUUAACGUGGUCCUGGCACAGAUUCUAGAUCUGAAUGCCAAGGAGCAGGUUCUGACAUCAAACCUAUGGAUACGCCAGAGAUGGUUUGACCAGGUUCUGACCUGGAAGCCUGAGGAGAAUGGCAACAUCACUGUGGUGCACAUCAACAGCGAGAACAUAUGGCGGCCGGACACUAUCCUAUACAACAGGCUCCACGAUGAAGGUUGGUCAGCGACUCCGGACACUAACGCCAUCAUCCGGUACACGGGCGAAGUGUUCUGGCCAUAUCCGGUCACCGUGCGCAGCUCUUGCAUCCUGGACGUCACCGCCUUCCCCUUCGACGUCCAGAGAUGUCCGCUGGAGUUCGGGUCCUGGACCUACAGUGGUGAGAAGAUAAACUUGGUGAACAUGACGGCAGAAGGUAUCACUGAAGAGUUCAUAGAAAACGGAGAGUGGAUCCUGGGAACGUUUGAAGCAGACAGACACGUACACAGAAACAUAUCGGGGGAGCCUUUUCCAACCAUCGAGUACACCAUAGUACUAUCGCGCAGGACUCUGUACUACAUAUAUUACGUGGUAGCUCCGAGUCUCCUCCUUUCGCUGCUGGCUCUUUUGGGGUUUUGCCUGCCAUCGGAUUCCGGGGAAAAGUUGUCACUGAGCAUCACAAUGCUGUUGGCCCUGGUCGUCUUCAUGCAGCUGGUUACAGACAAACUCCCCCCGAUAUCUACAAGCAUACCACUGAUAGGAAAAUUCUUCGGAGGAAUCAUUCUUCUUGUCACCCUGUCGUCCGCCAUGACCAUCUUCGUCCUCAGCUUGCACUACCGCGGCCCGGACAUCUACCCCGUUCCACAGUGGGUCCGCACCCUGUUCUUCCUGGGCCCGCCGAAGGCCCCCGCUAAGGUCAAGGUCAUCAGCAAUGGAGGUGCACACACCGUAAAGAUGAACGGCGUUCCAGGAGAGACUACGUCAUCGAAUCCCGAAGCUCAGACGCUCUCGAGUACUCUCACGAGAAUUGAACAAAACAUCAACAAGUUCAUAGGGGAUUACGAGAGGAAGGCGUAUAAAAACUCCCUGGAAAAGGAGUGGAAGUUCCUGGCAAAACGGAUCGACAGGUGCCUCGUGGUGUUAUUCCUGGUCGCUUUGUUCAUCAUGUCAAUCGUCAUUUUAGUCGCUGGGUAGAAUGGCGAUACAGAAAAGCGAGCAUACUAGAAUUUCUAAUCCUCCUAGACUGCAUAGCAUCGUUUGAAGCUAGCAUUCAAGGUGGUAUCUCACUGCACUUGCGUCAAGCUUGCGUCACUGCGGGGUUCGUUCACUGCGUCACUGUUUUCUUAU